AUGACAAUAAAUAAGAAUAAACCUAUUACAUUAGAUUUAUGUAAACUGUUACCAAAAGCAGAGUUACAUAGACAUUUGGAUGGUAGUAUAAGAUUGACUACAUUGGUAGAGUUGGCAAAGGAGUUGGAUGUGAAGUUGCCAACAUUUGACAAUGAUAAGAUAGGAGACUACAUCCUCAAAGACAAGAACUGUGAAAGUCUGCCACACUUUCUUGAAGCAUUCCAAUACACAACAUCAGUAUUACAAACUGCUCCUGCAAUCUCAAGAGUAUUCUAUGAGAUGUGUGAGGAUGCUUGUAAUGAUGGUGUCACGUAUCUUGAGGUGAGAUUCGCUCCGGUACUUCAUUUGGAGAAGGGACUGAGCCUGGCGGGCGUCAUGGAGGCGGUGUGCGAUGGUCUGGCACAGGCAGAGAUUCGUCUGCGCAUAAAGGUUAGGAUCAUUGUUUGUGGACUCCGUCAUCUUGAUCCAUCGGUCACCAAGGACUUGGCCGAGAUUGCCUGGAGAUACCGGAGUAAGGGCGUCGUGGCCUUUGACCUGGCCGGCGCUGAGAAUGGCUUCAGCUCCACUCUUCACAAGGAGGCCUUUGCAUUGAUUCGUCAAAAGGGCGUAAACUGCACACUUCACUCGGGUGAGGACUCGUCUUGGCACUCAGUCGCUGACUCUAUCCAUCAUUGUGGCGCACAUCGCAUUGGACACGGCAUCGCCGUUCAAGAGAACCCUUCAUUGUUGGAGUACAUGGUCAAUCGUCGCAUUCCAAUCGAGUGUUGCAUCACUAGCAACCUCCAGAUCAAGGGCAUCCCCUCACUGGACGCACACCCAAUCCGUCGAUACUUUGACGCCGGUGCUGUAGUCGCGCUCUGCACUGACAACGUCACAAUGAGCAACAUCACACUGUCGGGCGAGUACAAGAUGGCCAUCGACACAUUCAACUUUAGCGUCGAGGAGGUCGUGCGUCUGAUCGACCAUGCCUUCUCUGCCACGUUCAUCGAAGCGCCAAUGAAGAGGGUGCUGCGCCACGAUGCCGUACUCCAGAGCAUCCGCCUGUUCAAGGAGCAUGGCUACGACGUGUCAGGUGUGCUGGCCAACAAGGACUACUACCUCGAAGCCGGCAUCGAUGUCACUGGCUCGCCCAAGAACUACCAUCCCAUCCCCAGUGUCACCCACGAGAUGUUGUCCAAGCUGCCCAAGGCUGAUCUCCACUGUCGCUUCGAAGGCUCAGUCUCAUUGGAUCAGAUGUGGCAAGAGGUGCAGCUGGCAAAGAUUGACAUCAACAAGAAGUUCCCAUCUAUCAAGCAGCCAAUCAAUGACUUUAACGACUUUAAGAACAUCAUUCAAAAGCCACAUCAUGAUCCCGAAACCAUCGACAUUGCCAAGCGUAUCAUGAACACACUCCUCCAAACAUCUGAUCAACUCAACCGAGGAUUCGACAAUAUCAUCAAUGUUGCAUUGAAUGAUAAUGUACAAUACAUUGAGAUUGUAUUCCGCCCAUCAUCACAUUGUCAGGUGUUGACACAAGAGCAAGCAUUGGCUAUUAUUAUUGCCAAGAGGAAUCAAUGGGAGGCCGAAGGAAACAUUAAGAUUGGCAUUGUAGUAUACAUAUCUGCUGACUUUGAUGACCCCAUCGACGCACUGGCAAUGGCCAAACUAGCCGUGGCCAAUAGAUCCAAUGGAGUCUGUGGAUUCGGUAUCUUUGGAAAUGACCCUAUCCCACCCAAUGAACUACAUCAUUAUGCCAAGACAAUUGAGUACUUGAGGGCCGAGAGCUUUAACUUGGUGCAGUUCUGUGGAAAGUUUGAUAUUGAGUCAAUUGUAUCAACGAUACAUGUUGGCGGAGCCACUCGUAUAUCAGGCGCAUUCUCCAUCUACAAGUAUCCGAGGAUGAUGAAUUAUUUGUCUGCCUACUCAAUACCAAUUGAGCUGAGUCAGACUGACAAACUCAAGACAUUCACCAAAGACCUGUCAUUCACCACGCCGAUCAGACAUCUGAUCGACUCGAAUGUACCAGUUGUGAUAUGUUCAUUCCGCAGCAGCCUUUACUCGUCUACUCGAAGUGACAUGUUGUGCGAGGUCGUCGUCAACUCACAACUCAAUCUCAAACAGGUCAUCUCAUUACUACGCAAUCCAUUCACGUACAACUUCCAAACAUAUGAGAGCAAGCUCAAACUCAAACAACGUUUCAACAAGUUGGCCAGUGAUUAUCUCCAAUCAAUCAGUAUCAACAUGGACAGUCUUCAAUAA